UAAACACAAAACCCACGCCCAUACACAAAACCCACAUCCACAAUCCAGCUCAUUCUACCUUGAUGAGGUCCAAACUACAGCUUGGAUGACUCAAAAUAAAUUAAAUUAAAAGAGAGGAGAAAAACGUGAAAAAAGACGGAGAGAUUUUUUGCAAAUUGGAUGGGCAGGGAUGAUAUUUGGAAUAGCUUUUGAUUUUCAUUGAACGAAUCUUAAAAUUGAAAAAGAGGAGCGUGGAACUGUGGGGCAAUUUCGCAGAAGAAAAAAAAUUGAGAAGAAGAGCUGACGUGGGUUUUGUGUUUAAGGCAAACACGCGUUUGCCUCUCGCGUGUAUCAUCAAACACGCGAGAGGUUCUCGCGUGUUUGGUUUCAAAGACGCGAGAGGCUCACGCGUCUUUCCCAUCACUGGAAAUAUUUAUUUUCCGGGUCCAAAUGGCGGAUAUCAGCUCCCAUAAUGUCCUUUCGUGGAAUUUUCUCCAAUAUUCGCAGCAGAGAAACCUCAAUUCUCAAUCUCAGAGCUCAAUUCGAGAAAAAAUGCAUCCUCUAUGGGAAAUGAAGUCGAUGGCGGGGAACGUUUUCUCCGCCUACGCUUCGGUGGCGACGUCGGUGAUGCUGCUCCGAUCCCUCGCAAACGACAUCGUUCCGGAGCCGGUGAAGUCCUUCUUCCACAAGGCGUUCAGUCGUUUCUUCAAACACCUGGUGGACAGAUUCCUCGGGAGGAAGCCGUCGCAGAUGACGAUGGUGGUGGACGAGCAGACCGGCAUCGCGCGCAACCAAAUCUACGACGCCGCCGAGGUCUACCUCCGCACGCGGAUCAACCCCGACGCCGAGCGCCUCAAGGUCAACAAAUCUCCUAAGCAGAAGAGCAUCACGCUCAGCAUGGUCAAGGACCAGGCCGUGGAGGACGAAUUCCGCGGCGUAGAUCUGAAAUGGCAGUUCGUCCUCGUCGAGGCGGACGGCCAGAAAGGCAGAUUCCAGCCGGAGAAGCGCUGGUUCGAGCUCACCUUUGAGAAAUCGAAGAAGAAUAUCGUCGUGGAUGAGUAUCUCCCGUUUGUUCUCGCUAAGGCGCAGGAAAUUAGGGACGACGAUCGGGCGGUGAAGCUAUUUACUCGCGAUUGCCCCUUCGACGACGACGACGACGGCGGAAACGGCGGCGGCGGAUAUUGGGGAUGCGUUAACCUAGAUCAUCCGGCGACGUUUGAGAAGCUGGCGAUGGAUCCGGAUUUGAAGCUCGCGGUGAUCGAGGAUUUGGAUAGGUUCGUGAGGAGGAAGGAUUAUUAUAAGAAAGUCGGAAAAGCGUGGAAAAGGGGAUACCUAUUGUACGGACCGCCGGGAACUGGGAAAUCGAGCUUGGUCGCCGCCAUGGCUAAUUAUUUGAAGUUCAAUGUGUAUGAUUUGGAGCUCAGCAAUCUCUACUCCAAUUCCGAAUUGAGGCGAAUGCUGCUCUGCACCAAUAACCGGUCAAUCAUCGUGAUCGAGGAUAUCGAUUGCAGCUCGCAGUUCCACGAUAGGGACCGGGACAAGGAAAUAGAGGCCGAGGCCGACACCGACGACCCGUCCAACUCCAACACUAAGUUGACGUUGUCGGGGCUAUUGAAUUUUAUAGAUGGAUUGUGGUCGACGUGUGGAGACGAGAGGAUAAUCAUCUUCACGACUAAUCACAGGGAGAAACUAGACCCGGCCUUGUUAAGGCCGGGCAGAAUGGAUAUGCAUAUCCACAUGGGGUACUGCACGCCAGCGGGAUUUGAUGUGUUGGCACUCAAUUAUUUGGAUAUCAAUGAUCACCCGGUGUUUUUCCCGGUGAUCAAAGAUAUGAUUGAACAAUUCGAGAUCACUCCGGCCGAGAUUGCGGAGCACUUGAUGCGGAGUGAGGAUGUCGACCUUGCUCUUCAAGGAGUGGUUGAUUUGCUCAAGGAGAAGAAGGCAAAACAAGAAGAGUUAAAUAUGGUGGAGAGUGAUGCUAAGGAAAUGAAAUUUGGUAGAGAUGUUGUAAAGAGUGGGAAGGAGAAGGGGAAAAAAGGGAAUUUCUGGGAAUCUGUAAUCAAAUUUCCGAGACAACAAGGGAAAGAAAAUACUAACAUGUGAAAAUUUGAUAAUGAUAUAUAAAUUAGUAUAUCCCAUUUUCAAUCAUUCAUUUCUACUUGAAGAAAAUCUCUGAAAGCCGCGGCCAAUUAAUGAGUUUGAGGUUGUUUUAUGUUACUAUAUACUUUGUGUAUUUCUUUCUGAGUUAAUAGUGUGACAAACAUAUAAAUAAUUUUGUU